UGAGGACUCGGGAGAACGAGCAGCCUUGGGAAUAGAAAAUUAUCACCCCUCCUGUAUUGAUGAGAAAAAGAAGCUAGUAGCUGACUCAUGGCACGUAGCUAUGAACUAGAAGAUCCUGGUGGUAGAUAGAACCUGGGUCAUCUGUGUUCAGAACCUGUGCUGUGUAAAACUCUGCCGCCAUAAAGGCUGCUAGAAAGGUCCAGACAUCUGGGUUUUUGUUUUCCUGUAGCAAGUCCGCCGCGAGCAGGAAUGGCGGACUUUGGGAUCGCAGCUGGCCAGUUCGUGGCGGUGGUCUGGGAUAAGUCCUCCCCGGCAGAGUCUCUGAAAGGCCUGGUGGGUGAGCUCCAGGCGCUAACGGGCAGUGAGGGCCGCGUGUCUGUGGAAAACAUCGACCAGCUGUUGCAAUCUGCCCACCGAGAAUCGAGCUUUGAUGUUAUUUUAUCGGGCGUGGUUCCCGGAAGCACCACCCUGCACAGCACCGAGAUUUUGGCCGAGAUGGCCCGGAUCCUGCGGCCUGGCGGAUGUCUGUUUCUGAAAGAGCCGGUAGAGACGGCUGUCGUCACCAGCGGCAAAGUGAGGACAACCUCUAAACUGUGUUCCGCCCUGACCCUUUCUGGCCUCGUGGAAGUGAGAGAGCUGCAGCGGGAGUCCUUGAGCGCUGAGGAGAAGCAGUCUGUCCAAGAGCACCUGGGUCACCAUAGCGACAGCCUGCUCUCCGUGCAAAUCACAGGCAGAAAGCCCAACUUCGAAGUGGGUUCUUCUAGUCAGCUGAAGCUUUCUGUUGCCAAGAAGUCUGCUCCUUCAGUGAAGCCUGCUGUGGACCCCGCGGCUGUCAAACUCUGGACCCUCUCAGCCAAUGACAUGGAAGACGAGGACACGGACCUCAUCGACUCAGACGAGCUGCUGGACCCAGAGGAUCUGAAGAAGCCAGACCCCGCCUCCCUGCGGGCCCCUUCAUGUGGAGAAGGGAAAAAGAGGAAGGCCUGCAAGAACUGCACAUGUGGCCUCGCCGAAGAACUGGAAAAAGAGAAGUCCAGGGAACAGAUGAGCUCCCAACCCAAGUCGGCCUGUGGAAACUGCUACCUGGGCGACGCUUUCCGCUGCGCCAGCUGCCCCUACCUCGGCAUGCCGGCCUUCAAACCCGGGGAGCAGGUGCUGCUGAGCACCAGCGGCCUCCACGACGACUAGGCCGCCCCUGCCCCUCUGCGUUUGCUCAUCUCCGCUGGGAACCCGUUUGCAGGGAGGGUGCUUGGUGGGCAGUGAGGCUGGCCGUGGGGGCGGGGGGGUGUGGUGCUGCCGUGGACCAGAAGGCCAAGGCGUCGGUCACCCUGGGCGGGUGGGCUUCUUCCUAGUAGGGAACGGAUGUGUGCUGAGGGGCCCUCUCCCGAGUGCGACUCCUGCGAGUGGGCCCUCUGUGACAAAGGCCCCGCCCCGCCUCCGCACUCAGCAAGUGCCACCGCUGGUCCCCCGGAGUCGGUUCUUUGCUCUGCAGGCCGCUCCUGGUGAUAGUGUCCUCUGACCUCAGGGCACCAGUGGAGUCGUGUGCUCACAGCUGGGGCCCCUCCGCCCCCCCCACCCCUGCAGUAGUGUCCUGCCCUGUGUUCCGUCAGUCUGCAGUUACCAUUAAACCUGCGUUCCUCCGCAUUCUCAGUUGUGAAGAGGGCGUGCGUGUGUCGGGGGCGGGGGCUGGUCUGACGCAGCCAUGCAACUCGGAGCACAGAACUGGUUUUGGAGAGACUCGGGGUCACACACCGAUGGGGCCGGCCCUGUGCUGCGGGACAGGGCCUCUCCAUCCCUGUCAGACGAGUUGGGUUGACAAGAGUUGAGAGCGAGCAGAACAGCAGCCGGAACCCACAGUAAAUCUCCCAGGAGGAGGCCCUUUGUGCUUGUCACCCACACAGACUCGGAGUGGAUCUCGCCAGUAGUUGGGGACAGUGCAUGGAUUCAGGAGACCUGGAUUUUUAUGUCCUACCAAUAAAUAAAAGUCUUCUUUGGAAUUA